CUUUGCGUUCCCUUCGUCUUUCUUCAUCUUCAAUCAAUCAUACUACAACUUUCGCAAGCCUGAGUUAUGGAUCGGCUUCCGUCAAUCUUCAAAGCCAGCAUCGUAUACAUCCAGCAAUAUCCUCUCUCGAGUAUCUUUCUUGUACUAAGUCUUUGUCUCCUGGGACGAAUUAUUCGAAUUCGAAAUUGGGAAACCACCAAGGAAGCUGUCAUCUCGAAAGGGGGAGAAAAUGAAUAUCCACCCAUUGAACCUCUUCAUCAAUUCGACUGGGAGACUACCGAGCCUCUGCAGUUUCGCCCUUUCAAGGCAAAAUAUCAUCUCACAAUGGCCCUCUCCAACCUCGACAUCUCCACCCUCAUCCCAAUCGACAAAACCUACAAGACCCGCCUCGCCUACCGCCAGUCCUUGCUUACUCGACAUCCAUCUGUCGUGAUUGGCGUCACGCCCUCCGGCGAAAAAGAGGGUAGCCUCGUCCACGCCGCUAUCCGGGAACUGUACGAUUUCGUCCUCGGUGUAUACCUCCCCACGCGGUACCCGGGGGUCUUUGAUCUGGUCGACUCUCCUCGCAGCGCCGCUGUGGACGAGAAACGAGGAGAAGGCCGAGCGGAGACAUCGGAGAAGCAACCGCAACACUUGCACAACCGAAUCACCGACCGCCUUGUUGCAACCAAGUGCCCUGCCUCUGCCCGUGAAGCCCUAGAGACGCUAGGCACGGUCGUGGACGAGGAUUUCCUAAUCUUACUGCCUGUCUCGCAGGUAGAUCCACCCUCAGCAGAGGACAGCCAUGCUGCUGCUGCUGCUUCAGAAGAAGAAGAUUCAUACACCCUCCAAGCCUACACAACCUUCUACCCGGCCGGGUUCGACACGCGCGAGAAACUCGGCCGCACGCUAUCGGCCAUUCACGACCCCGUGCCCCGAUAUAAAGAGAAGCUGGAGAAGAGCAUGGACCGGUUCUUUGCGAGGUUGGAGGUGGGUCGGUUCGUGCAGAGGGUGAAUUGGAGUGUGACGACGGGGACCGAGUUGUUUGCUGCGUUUGGGGGGGUCCAUGGGGAUGCUCCGGGGAAGGGGGGUGGGGUGUUGAGGGCAGAGGAGUUGGAUAUUGAUGAUACUUUUCUGCGCUGCGAGCGCCAAACGCUGCAUCGGCUGCCUCACACCAAGGCGCUGGUGUUCACCUUCCAUACGUAUACAUACCCAAUUCGGAUCAUCAAGGAGGAAGGGCACGGGGAGGAGCUGGCGCAGGCGAUCGAUGGGUUGAGGCGGGGGAGUGUGCCGGAGAUGUGGUGGUAUAAGCGGGGGUCGGUGUGGGGGGAGGCUGUGCAGGCGUAUCUUCGGGAGUGACUUCGAUACUUUAGAGGGUAGUAUAAAGUCUGUAGCCGGGUGUUUCAAUUUGG